AUGCCUCCAGCGAAUCCCAAGAAGCGCGUGGACGUGUCCGUGGCGAACAAAGAAAAGAAUGAAUAUAUUCCGUCUUUCAUUUCGAAGAAGCCCUUCUAUGUCAAUGAUAUCGACGAGUCUGCCGACUACCUAGAGCAUCAACGUUUACAAAAAGCGGCCGAAGAUUCGAAAUGGUACGAUCGCGGGCGCAAGGCAGGACCAGCUGCCACCAAAUAUCGCAAAGGUGCAUGUGAGAACUGUGGCGCUAUGACGCAUAAGGCGAAAGACUGUCUGGAACGACCUCGAAAACAAGGCGCCAAAUGGACUGGCAAGGACAUACAAGCGGAUGAGAUCAUACAGGAUGUUAAACUUGGCUGGGAAGCUAAGAGAGAUCGCUGGAACGGUUUCGAUUCAUCUGAGUACGCCUCAAUAGUCGAGGAGUACAACCAACUCGAGGCGAUGAAGAAAGCCGCGCAAGGAGAGGCUGUGGGAGCGAGAGCAUUGACGGAAGGGGGCGAGGACGACGAAGGCGCAAAGUAUGAAGAAGAGACUGAAAUGGGUCGCCAACAAUCAAAGGGCACACGGAACCUCCGCCUUCGAGAGGACACCGCAAAAUACUUAGUCAAUCUCGAUCUAGAUUCCGCCAAGUAUGAUCCAAAGACGCGCUCUAUGGUUGAUAGUGGAGCUACAUCGGAUCAAGCUGCAGCUCUAGUCGCGGAGGAGGGGUUCAUGAGAGCAUCAGGGGAUGCGGCAGAGUUCGAAAGGGCUCAAAAGUAUGCCUGGGAGACUCAAGAGCAGCGCGGCAAGAAUAAGAUACAUUUACAGGCUAAUCCUACAUCGGGAGAAGUUUUACGGAAGAAAGAAAUACAAGAGGCAGAAGCCAAGAAGCUCGCCCAUCACAAAGCCUUACUGGAAAAGUAUGGGGGACAAGAUGAAGUCACCGAUAAGUCAUUGAAAGAAACAGCGGUCGUCGAAUCAGAACGCUAUGUUGAAUAUGACGAACAUGGAGGAAUCAAGGGGGCGCCGAAGGUCAAGGCAAAGUCAAAGUAUCCCGAAGACGUACUGAUCAACAAUCACACGAGUGUAUGGGGAAGCUGGUGGUCAGAUUUCAAAUGGGGAUAUGCGUGCUGCCACUCUUUCGUCAAGAACAGCUAUUGUACUGGCGAGGAGGGAAAGACGGCCCUGGAGGAAGCGAGCCGCCUUAGACUAGGUGAAAGUCUGGGGCUUGAUCAUAAUGAAACCCCGGAAAAUUACGUCGAAGUUGUACGCGCAGAGCAAAAUGAAGCAACCGCCCCGGCUGAUGCAACAUCGAGGAAACGAACGGCUGAUGUUAUGGCUGCAGGUAUCACGGAGGAAGAGAUGGACGAAUACAGGCGCAAGCGUCGGCAAGCAGCAGACCCUAUGUCAAACAUGGACCGUGCCUGUGUACUGGUGCCGCGAUCCAAUUCUUCCGCAAACACUCCCGACGUCCAGCGCCUCGAGCGCGCCUGUUCGAUGGCUUACCACGGGUCCACACGCAAUGUGGACAUGACCAAGCAAGAAUCCGAGCUUGCGAUCAACAUUCGGAAAGCGACAAGUAUUGAUGAGACAGCUCCUAAGAGAAAACAUGUACGAAGCGCGAUUGUAUACACUUGGGACCAUAAAUCGUCGGGAUCGUUUUGGGCUGGGAUGAAAGUCCAACCAAUCCUUGCUGACGAGGUUCAAACAUUCAAAGCCCUCCAAACCAUUCACAAAGUGCUACAAGAAGGCCAUCCGAUAGCACUUAAAGAGGCGCAAGCCAAUGUCAAUUGGAUAGAAAGUUUGUCUCGAGGUGCAGGAGGCGGGGACGGCCUAAGAGGGUAUAUGCCAUUGAUUCAGGAAUAUGUAUAUUUCCUCCUCGCUAAACUCGCUUUCCAUCGACAGCACCCGGAAUUCAAUGGAACAUUCGAGUAUGAAGAAUACAUUAGUCUCAAAUCGAUCAAUGACCCGAACGAGGGCUAUGAAACCAUUUCAGACCUUAUGACGCUGCAGGACCAAAUCGACUCUUUCCAGAAACUGAUUUUCUCGCACUUCCGUAGCGGACAGAACAAUGAGUGCCGUAUCUCCGCACUAGUGCCGCUAGUGCAAGAGAGCUAUGGUAUAUACAAAUUUAUCACAAGCAUGCUUCGCGCCAUGCAUACAACCUUGGGAGACGAUGAAGCUCUAUCUCCCCUGAGAGGACGUUACGACGCGCAGCACUACCGCUUGGUCAAAUUCUACUACGAAUGCUCUAAUCUGAGGUAUCUCACAAGCCUUAUUACAGUCCCGAAGCUGCCACAGGAUCCUCCAAAUCUACUGUCAGAAGAUGAAUCUGCUCCAGCGCUACCCACACGUCCUGCACGGGAAGUCGCAGCCCCUAAAUCACCUCCAAAAUCCAAUGCACCCGAUCCAGAGCCUAUCAACGAGUUCUGGAAAAACGAGCAGAAGCGUCAGCAAGAUGAAUAUGAGGCCGAGCAGCGACGGCUACAGGCUCAGUGGGAGGAGGCCCAACGGUUGCAGCAACAGCAGUCACUCCAAGCCCAGCGAGACUUUGAAGAGCAGCAACGAUUACAGCAAGAACAGGCGCGUCUUGCUCACGAUCAGCUACUUCGUGAUCAGUACGCACAGCAGACGCAAGGUCGCCUUGCGGAGUUGGAGCAGGAGAAUCUUCGUGCAAGGCAGCAAUACGAACAGGAUCAGUUAAUGCUUGCGCAAUACGACCAGCGAAUGAAAGCACUGGAGGGGGAGCUGAAUCAGCUCAACGCAAAUUUCCAACAGCAAUCGCAGUCCAAAGAUGACCAAAUCCGUGCCCUUCAAGAGCAGUUAAACACUUGGAGGACUAAAUAUGAAGCUCUUGCCAAGCUUUACUCGCAGCUUCGACACGAGCAUUUGCAAUUGUUGCAGAAGUUCAAGCAAGUUCAAGUAAAAGCGGCUUCAGCACAGGAAGCAAUUGAUGCACGUGAAAAGCUCUCACGUGAGCUGAAGACGAAGAACUUGGAGCUAGCAGAUAUGAUUAGAGAACGCGACAAAGCAUACUUGGACAAAGAUCGUUCCCAGGGUGGGCACAAAGAAGAGCUGGAGAAGCUCAAGCGAGAGCUUCGAUUCGCGAUGGAGAGGGCCGAAAACGCGGAACGAGGAAAAGGCUCAGAGCUUUCGGCAAUGCUCUCGAGACAUAAUCGGGAGAUAGCCGACCUUGAAGAAGCUCUCCGCAACAAAACCAGGCAGCUAGAAGAUUUCCACAUGAAGUAUCGAGAAGGAGACUCGGAUCUGGAGCGCCAGCUUCGUGAAAAGGAAGAGGAACUGGAAAUUUUCAAGGCUGGCAUGGAUCAAACUCUUCUUGAGCUUAACGAAUUGAAGUUAGGCCAGGGUGACACGGACAGAGCCAUGGACGGACAGAUCGACUCUCUCAUUCUUGACAACAUCAAACGCAUCAAUGAUAUCAUCGACUCGGUACUACAAAGUGGAGUGCAGCGUGUGGACGAAGCUUUGUACGAGCUUGACUCUUCGAUGCAAGCUGGAAACCAGAACGCGUCGGGCGCAUUUGUCUUAUCGCAGAUCGAAAAGGCGUCACAGAACGCUAUGGAGUUUUCCACGGCCUUCAACAACUUCAUCGCCGAUGGAGCUACUAGCGGACAUGCUGAGAUCAUUCGCACAGUUAACGCUUUUUCGGGCUCUAUCGCCGAUGUUCUAAGCAAUACCAAGGGGCUUACGCGUUUUGCCUCGGAUGACAAGAAAGGAGACCAACUUAUCAAUGCUGCAAGACAGGCUGCAUCUUCUACGCUACAGUUCUUCCGCAACUUACAGUCCUUCCGCCUGGAGGGACUGGAGCCACUGCAAAAGACAGACGUUGUCAUCAAUAACAACAAUGAUGUCCAAGUAAAUCUGCAAAAGCUCUCCAAGCUUGCCGACGCAUUUGCCCCCAAGAGCAAGAUUACUAACGCUCAGGGAGAUCUUGGUGACCUGGUCGACCGUGAACUCACCAAUGCUGCCAAUGCCAUUGACGCUGCAACGGAGCGACUUACAAAGCUCAUGAACAAGCCUCGUGACUCGUACUCCACCUACGAGCUCAAGAUCCAUGACUCAAUUCUUGCCGCCGCCAUUGCUGUCACAAAUGCAAUCGCCCAGCUCAUCAAGGCGGCGACGGCAUCGCAGCAAGAAAUUGUACGAGAAGGUCGUGGCGCUGCAUCGCGAACUGCUUUCUACAAGAAACACAACCGGUGGACAGAGGGGUUGAUCAGCGCAGCUAAGGCUGUAGCAUCGUCGACGAAUCUGCUUAUUGAGACUGCCGACGGCGUCAUCAGUGGACGCAAUUCGCCCGAGCAGCUCAUCGUUGCUAGUAACGACGUCGCAGCCAGCACGGCACAGCUCGUCGCAGCCAGCAGAGUCAAGGCCUCCUUCAUGAGCAAGAGUCAGGACAGAUUGGAAACAGCCAGUAAAGCGGUGACGAGUGCCUGCAGGUCCCUUGUACGGCAGGUCCAGGAGAUUAUUGCACAAAGAAACCGUGAUGACAACGAGGUUGUUGAUUACAGCAAGCUCAGUGGACAUGAGUUUAAAGUACAGGAGAUGGAACAGCAGGUUGAGAUUCUGCAGCUGGAAAAUUCGCUUGCGCAGGCACGAACCCGUCUUGGAGAGAUGAGAAAGAUCUCAUACCAGCAAGAAGAUUAA